UGCAGAAGCCCCGCCCCCUCGCCGCGUGGCCCCGCCCCCGUGACGCGGCGCGGCGCGGCCAUGAGGCUGACCCGCGGGGCCGUGCUGGCCCGCGCCAAGGCCGCCGCGCUCGAUGGGGUCCGGCGGCUGAACUGCUGGGGCAGCCACCUCACCGAUAUCUCGAUAUGCCGGGAUUUGCCCAACGUCGAGGUGAUCUCCUUCAGCGUGAACGGCAUCUCGGACCUCGAGCCCCUCAACCAGUGCCAGAACCUGAGCGAGCUCUACCUGAGGAAGAACAACAUCGGGAGCCUCAACGAGCUCUUCUACCUCAAAAACCUGCCCCGCCUGAGGGUGCUGUGGCUGGCUGAAAACCCCUGCUGCGGGCCGGACCCCCACCGCUACAGGAUGACGGUGCUGCGCAACCUCCCCGGCCUGCAGAAGCUCGAUAACCAAGCCGUGACAGAGGAAGAACUGUCCCAGGCCCUGCUUGACGGGGAGGAGAUCACAGCCCCGCCGGCCAGGAGGAGCGUGGGGAACGGCUGCCCCGAGUCCGCUGAGCCCAGUGCUGCUGAAUCCACAACGGAGACCGAGAGCGAGCUGCUGAACUUCGGCCUGGAGGAGACAAACAAAAUUCGAGAGCAGCUCGGUAUGAAGCCUGUUCCCAGGGACAAAUUUUCCUCCUUUUCACCUCGAGCGACGGACUGCAGCCGAAAGAAGAGAAACAACGUGCUGAAUGCCAUCCUGCUUCUCACGAAGGAACUGGACGCGGAGGGUCUGGAGAUCGUCCAGCAGACCGUGGGGAGAAGGCUGCAGGCCUUUCGGAAGAAGGAGCUGCAGGAGGAGUGAGGGUGCCUGUUGCAAAGCUCCCUGGAGCGCUCUGAGCCGGGGAGCCUGCCCCAGCCCAGCAGCACCGCUCUGCCCACACAUGCCUGGCUACAGCCAAAGCCUCAGCGCUUUCCCUGCGGACGGGGUGAUGCUGGCUGCAAGGAAACUGCCCCUUUAGCUCUCCUGACAUUGCCCCUGGCUGUGCACGUCGCGCUGGCAGGAUCUGGCUCUCGGGAGCUUUCCUCUUUGCAUAGCAGGCUCCAUUAAAUCACAUCGCGUGUGGCUGGGGCCAUUUAGUGGGAGCCGCAGGGGGAUCAGCCAGCAAAACCCAGCAGGGCUGCAGACAGAGGUGCUGCUGUGCUCUGUGACUGAAGGUGUUGGCAAAGCCCGCCUGGCAGCCAGGCAGAUCACUGCUUUUAGGUUGUUCCCUGUUGGACCAACACGCAGCCGGUCACGGCACCAGCUUUGUGUGUAGCAGGCUCUGAAGGCAGCUUCUGCCACAAAGAUUUGUUUGAAUCUGUUGGGAAGAAGCUGCCUAAAAGAAUCGUCAAGAGCUGUCUGGUGCAGAUGGUGAAGGUCAAUGUCAAAUUCUUCAUUUAUCUUAAACUCCUGACUUUUUCUGGCCCUUGUUAGCACAUCCAGCAUCUGACUCGGCAAUGAGGUGGCCCAAAGAAAACCUUGGCGCAGCCUGGGUGAAACAGCACAUCCUGAAUGCUCAGCUGUAGUUUCACCUCUGCGUGUCCCUGCAGGCAUUAGAGCAGCUUAAGGAAACUUAACCUCGGAGCGAGAUGCCCCUGUGCAUUUUGUGGUUUGGGAGAAAAGCCAGGCGCUAUUAUCUGAUUGCACAGGUAUCCAGGGCAGGUGGUAAGCUGCAAGAUGAGUUUACUAAAAUUUUACAGAGCUGUUAAAUACUGACUGAAACGUUGUGACAUACCAAAUAAAAGCUAUUUUCCCUCUAGGA